AUGGGUCGCAAGUUAGGGCUCUUGCGAGCCGCGUAUCUGGUCUCGGCCAGUUGCAUGGGCUCCUUCGCAUUUGCCUUUGAUACGGGCAUUAUCAGCGGUGUUCUCGCUUUGGAAUCCUUCGAAAGAGACUUCGGAUACUCGCACUAUACCAAAGCACAAAAGACCACCGUCAACUCCAACGCCGUAUCCAUCCUCCAGGGUGGCGCAUUCUUCGGAUGCUUCCUCAUCUCCCCGAUCGCCAAAUACCUCGGCCGCCGCUCCGGUCUGAUUGUCAGCUCCCUUGUCUUCAGUCUGGGAACUAUUCUGCAAGUUAUCAACACCGGUACUCUGGCCACGUUCUAUGCCGGCCGUGUGGUUGCUGGGCUAGGUAUUGGGUCAGCAACUGUACUGAUCCCCAUGUAUUCCGCCGAAAUGGCUCCCAAGGAUUUCCGUGGUCGGCUCGGCGCUUGCUUCCAGUUGUUCUUCGCGAUGGGUGUCAUGAUCGCCUAUUGGGUGACCUACGCCGUGAGCAAAGACCAGGCGAGUGGGACGAGUCAGUGGCAGACUGCGCUUGGUUUGCAGCUUCUGGGAUCGACUCUACUGCUCGUCGGUAUGUGUACGGUCAAGGAGAGUGCUCGAUGGCUCGCAGCCAAGGGCAAGAUAGACAAAGCGCGAGAGUCACUAAAGUGGGUGCGCGGCGGUGAAGAAACAGAGGAGCUGCAGGUGGAGUUCGACGAGAUUCUCGCGGGCAUUGAAGAAGAGGCGCGCAUCAAGGAGAACCUCACAUUUAAAGAGCUGUUCCUGCCGGUGAACCGGUACCGGCUGUUCAUCGCUGUCACGAUUCAGCUUAGUGCACAGUUGACCGGUAAUACGUCUCUGGCCUACUAUGCGACACAGAUCUUCGGCGCCGUCGGCGCCGGCAGUUCCGCCAAGCUAGUGACGGGCUUCUUCGGUGUAGUCAAGGUGGUGGGUGUCGUCGUGUUUCAGCUGUUCGUAUUGGACCGCAUCGGGCGCCGGAUCCCGUUCAUGGUCGGUGCAUUCUCCAUGGGCUCGUUCAUGCUCAUCAUUUCGAUUAUUCUGGCCACGCAUCCCGCCAAUUCCAACAACACUUUGUCCGGGCCCACGUCGGCUGGCAUUGCCUGUAUCAUCAUGACUUACGCGGAGGCCUUCAGCUACAAUAUGUCCUGGGGUCCGCUGCCCUGGCUAUACGUCGGAGAGAUCUUCUCCAACCGCACCCGAGAAGUCGGCGUGAUGGUCGGCGCGGCAUCGCAGUGGCUGUUCAAUUUCAUGAUGUCGCAGGUCACUCCACACGCAAUCACGAGUAUUGGUUGGCGCAUGUUCUUGAUGUUUGCUAUUUUCAACUAUGCAAUUAUCGGGUACUCGUGGCUGGUUCUGAAAGAGACUUCGAACCACUCGCUGGAAGAGAUGCAGGAGGUAUUUGGUGGAGAAAAGUUGCACGAAAAGCAUGUUGAAAGUGCGGUUCAUGAGGAACAUGCCCAGCCGCCCAAGGAUGGUUGA